AUGACAGAGGUCGUAAACGCCACGCCCAAGCGGAAGAGAGGAGCACACGCCUCUGUAUCGCCCUUGGCAUUCUCCUUUGAUCUCUCCGCUGCUGGCCCAUCGGAGGAAGCAGGCAGCCCUCGCUCGUCAACCGUGGUCCACAGGUUUCGCGGCCUUGCGCUUGGAAACGGCGGCUCGGUCGUCGAGCCUGCUGAUGAGAUGGACGUGGAAUCGGAUGGCGCUGCGAGAAAGCGCCAUAAACCAGACCCUGAAGCACACAUGAUCACAUCGAUACAGCCACAGGCUGAGAUGCAGCCCAAGUCGCCACUGGAGAUGGAAACCCGCUCAGUGGAAAUGGUCGAUCGUUGCGUGCUGCCGCCGCAAACACUGCCCUCGCCCGAAGGCUUGCUACAGACCGACACCGCAUCGACUUCGGUUGAUGGCACGCCUGAGCCUCAGCCUAGAAAGAAAAGGGCCGGCACUCCGCCUCUCCGAUUCAAGAAAGGGAACCCUCAAGACGGACAAUCGGACGCCGAUGACGAAGCAGAGGUCGCAGACCCUUUGCGCGCCUCGCUGACCUGGCACGAGGACGAAAUCACAAUCUACGACCCUGAUGACAAAGACGACGAUGGCACGGGCAUCAACGGUGUGGGAUUCAAGCCAACCCCAGCUCUUGCACAUGCGCGGAUCAUGAAGAGACGACAGCAGAUGGCGGAAUAUCGAAAACGGGAGGAGAACGAAGCCAGAAACAGGAGAAUGCAGAGACGCCGGGGAGAAUUAACUCUUUCGGCAAGGCGGGAUCGCAAGUCGCCGCCUUCGAGGAGAGUCAGGUUCAUGGAUGGAGAGAGCAGGAACCUGACCAUGAAGGCCUGAUCAUGGGCACCUGCGAUCCGCGAUGGCGAUUUCAGCACAGGUAUAUCGGGCAUACAUAUGGUUCGGCAUCGAGACGGACACGGAUUUUGGGGGAUAUUGAAUCAAUGACGGCGUUUGAGGGCAGAUUAUUGACGACAUGAACGAUUUCCGGCUUCUGGGGGCGGACAAGGGACAUAGGAUAAGAGGACGGCAUCU